GUCCCUCCCAGUCUCCCAGCCUCCCUUCCACAGACGACCAACACCCCUUCAUCCCCCAGUGGGCGACCCUCGCGGCCAAAGUUGCCUCACCUUUCGCGCAUAGCACGCGCCGGAGUUGCUCUUUCCGGCCAUUCUCGUAUCUUUAUCCAAGCUCCUGAAGCGAUAGCAAGGCUAUUCUCCAAUGGCAGAACAAGCUCCAUCGGCGGACGCCACGAACGAACCAGUCGCAGCUGCUGCCGACCCCUCGUUGCACAAGCAUUCGUCGCACAAGCAUUCAUCGCAGAAAGAAAUCCUCUCGGAGCUCCUCUCCAUCGCCGACAUUCCCGUUGCGUCGCACAAGCCGUCGUCGUCGUCGUCGCACCACCAUUCGCGUCACCAUGCGACGCCCACGACCGUCGUCGACCCAAUGCACAUCAAGGUGGCGGCCGAGCACCUCAAGGCCGCGCGACAGCACCAGAUAAUCGAAGAAGAUGCCUCAGGUUCUGCGACGGGCUCGUCUCCCCCGAAGCAAAGAAUUCGCAAUCGAAUCGCUGCGAGUGCAAACGCGAACGCUUCGCUGGACAGCUUUUUGACGACACCAGGCGACAACUCGCAGAGUGGUAACCAGACUGCUGGCGACGGGUCCGUUUCGGCUAACGCGAACGAAGGCAGCGGGGUUGCGAGUGUGUCGGGGUUAGAGGAGAUGUUUCCGUCGUACUCUGGCCACGCGAAAGCCAAUGCAGUUACCGAGACUGUUGCAAAUGUCGCGGAGUUGAAGAUAAAAGACGCAUCGACCUCGGGGAAAAACGACGAAGGAGAGACAAGGGAAAGCAAUGUCGGUUCGGAAGAUGCACAGCCUUCUGCUUCGGCAGUAGCGGAUACCACGCCUCAGCCUCGAGGUUCGGCAGCAGCUUCGGUGAAUGUUGAGACCUCGGAAGUUCUUGCCGCGAUUCGCCUUUGGGGCGCGAACACAGGAGCGGCAAACGCGGCAAGGAAUGCGGACUCGGCGUUUUUGCAGCCAUACCAAGGUAGCAGUUACAGCAGUUACGUGGAUGACCACAGAACUUCGCCGAGUGUUGCGCGGGAGGCUCGUGCUCGCGAAGAGUUGGCGAAACUGGAAAGGUCGCGCUCGAAAAGUUACCCUGAGUUGGCAGAACUCGACAAAGCGGCAACAGUGCCGAAAAUUAAGGCGCUUGGGGGAAUGCGGUCAGGGGAGAAAUCGAAGGACGCGGCUAUGGAUAAGCUCGGAAUUGGACAGGAGGAUUCGGAAUAUGCAGAUACCGAGUACUUUGGCUGGCUCUUGUCCGGAGGGUCCAAAUUCGCGAAGCCUUCGAACACGAGGCAAGGUCAGGAGCAGCCCCCCCCGAGCCAGUAACGGAUCCUGGGCCUUAUCUGAAGGGCCAGAGCCACGAGGUUGAAAACGCCAGCAUCAGUCAGACCACUGAUAGUAGUCCCGAAGGUGUUCAAGAGGCGUCAGACGAGAAUCCCCCCAGCUCACACCCAGUCAGCACACGCACCAAAUCCAAUCUCAAUCCCGAGACCAAAUGCCCAGAUGAAUCUCCCUUCCUACCCUCAGCAUCCACCACCUGCGAACCCUGCCAACACAGCAGUAACAGCAGCAGCAGCAACAGCAGCAGCAGCAGCAGCAGCAGCAGCGGCGAAGCCAAUGCCGGUAGAGGAGUCUCCAAGUCAGAAUCGAAGGCCAAUUCUUCCAGUAGAAAUAGUAGUGGGGAUGGUUGGUUAUCGGCUCCCUUUUCCAGGCAUAGAAAGGGCGGCAGGAAAGGCUCCAGUGGCAGCAGCUUGUCUCGGCAUUCCAUGACCUUGGGAGAAAGUAGCAGAGCCGAAGUCACCAAGAGGAGGCGCAGUUUGGAUAUGAAGGAGGUGUUAACCAAGGAGGUGCCCACCGAGGAGAUUGCACCAGUUGGUCUUGCAGCUAAUGCAGCUCCAACUCGUGCAGGUGGGGAUGUGGAGGUCGGGGGAGGAGGAGGCUCGGAGGCAGGAGUGCAGCUUGAUGUUUCCGGAAACUUGAGCUCUGCAGGGAUAAGGGAGGUUGCGAGGGGGGAGGAGGAAACUGCAAGUAAAGUGCCAUCAAAGUGGGGUUUUGGUUGGUGGGGUUUGCUUCGAAAGAGGUUGACAGUGAUUUAGAUACAUUAGCCAUGAUUGUGUGCUAGAGCUACAGAUUUGCUAGGGCAGUCUGACUUGCAUGAUCAAAUAGAAUUUUCUCCUGUUGGGCAUAUCUCAAUACGCAUGCGUUUUUUCCAUCAUU